CCUUUCUUGGCACUGAUGUUGCAGCCCAUCAACCUCAUCUUCCGCUACCUGCAGAACAGGUCCAGGAUCCAGGUGUGGCUUUAUGAGCAGGUGAACAUGCGGAUAGAAGGCUGCAUCAUUGGCUUUGAUGAAUAUAUGAACUUGGUGCUGGAUGAUGCGGAGGAGAUUCACUCCAAAACAAAAUCAAGGAAGCAAUUGGGUCGGAUCAUGUUAAAAGGGGACAAUAUCACUCUUUUACAAAGUGUUUCUAACUAGAAGUCGCUGUUCUUAGAGCAGUGAUUGCAGUUCAGAGUGGUUUGAGUGAAUGAAGAAAGUUCUGGUGGGAGCCUGGCCUGCUGGUAGAUAGAAAGUUACGUGUAACUGGCAUUGCAUGCUGAGCUAAAAGUCUCCUCCUUUUGUGGGAGUAAUUUUUUUUGUAGUUUGAAACAAUACAGGAUGUAUUUCCCAAAUAAACAUUUUUCACAUUGACUGUAAA